GCUCCGCGCCGCCACCGCCGCCUCAGGCCGCUGACGUCAGGCGCGCGCCGGGCGGGCGGGGUUGCCAUGGAGGCGGCGGACGAGUGGCUGCUGCAGUCGCUGCAACUGUACCGCGACCUGCACACCUUCGAGCUCCAGGCACCCACCCGCCUCAUCGAGUGGGCCCGCGGGGACCGUGAGUGCGAGCUGGGGAGCGCUGAGGGCAGCAGAGGGACCGGGCUGCGGUCGCUGUGGCCAGCCGGAGGAGAGGAGGAGGCCCAGGGGCCGGGUCGGGGCCUGUGCAGCGGGAGAAGGGGGGAAAGAGGCUCUGGGGUUGGACCAGGGUGCAGGGCCAGGACCCCAGAAGUGGGGCUGAGUGGUGGGAGAUGUUCCGGGUUCAGCUGGGCUCCAGCUCGGGGCCUGCUGACCCAUGGACUGUGCGGUAACUCGGGUGUGUCACAGGGAGGGUGGGCUGGGCAGGGGGACAGCCCUCACCAUGUCCCUGGCUCUUCAUGCCCACUCCACCAAGGUGUCUGUGUAGCCGGGUAUGGACAGUCUGAUGGGAAUGAGAUCCUGCAGCUGAUCCCGCCGCCAACGCUGCUGACAAAGGAGACCCAGGGCCUGUGUCCAGAGAGAGAUUUCAAGGUAGAAUGUGGUGGAUUUUCAGAGCGCCCAGUGUACAGCCUGAAAUAUGUGCCAGACACCAGCUUGCUGGUAACAAGUGGCCCACCCGACAGCUCCCUCCAGGUCUGGCAGGUGUCAGCAGAGGACUCUGAUGUUAUUAAAUCUGUAAGCACCAUAGCAACAGAAAAUGGCACUGGGCAAUCCUGGGCUAAAAUUGCCACCAUUUCAGCCAGAGCCCCAUGGGUCCUUCAUGGCUCAAGACUUGACAGAGUCCAGAUUACAGAGGUUGAAUCAAGGAAAAAUGUCUACACAUCAGCUUCCAGAGGCAGCGACGAGCUCAGCAACCUAGCCUUCCUGGACUGGAACACACUGCUGCUGUGCUGUGCCACAGGCCAGCUGUGCCUGGCCGACAUCCGACAGCCACAGAGUCCUGUGGAGGCCGUGCCAGUGCCCUCAGCGCCAUGCACUGAGCAGUGGUGCAUGGGCACCAGGCAUGGAGCUCAGGGCUUGGAGCUGAACUCCCAGCCCGUGGCUCGCCUCUCAAGCAGGGGACUCCUAACCCUGACAGACCUCAGGAAACCCUCUGAGUUCUUGGCCUUGGCAAAGGCCAGAGUCUCCUCUCCUGACUCAGGUGCAGAGUUCCUGUGUGUCUCCUGGGCUCCUGCUCUGGAAGGCUACCUUGCCAUUUCAGGUUUUGAUGGCACCGUGCACGUGUAUGACACAGAGAGCUGGGACAGCUCUGGCAGGGAAGCAGAGCCCAUCUUUGUUCACAAAGGCCACACAUUUGAAGGAGCAGGUGGCAGCAGGGACCCUCCCCUGGUCACUGUGCACACGUGGCAUCUGCAGAAACCCAGAACUUUGUUGUCAGCAGCGAGUGAUGGUUCUUUGCACGUCUGGGACUGGGUUCAGCCCUGUGGGAAGUGUGGGUAGGUGGUGUUUUGGUGAGAUGGGGCACUUCCUGCCUCUGCUGUAGUGUGUGUGGGUGCAGUGUGUAUGUUUGCCUGCAGAUACUGCUUGGAGACUGUUGCAGUGAGCAAAACAACUGUAAAAUUUCUAUUUUAAUAAUAGUAAAAAUUUUGCCUGUGUUACUUAA